CCAGCUUUGAGCCACUCAAACACAGCUCAGACACAUCUCAACACUACACAUGAAUGUCAAAUUAUCGUACAAAUACAGCAUACUUCGAUCAAUUGAUCACCUCCGGGGAUCACCGAGCUUCGGCGGAGGAAGAUAGCCUCGCUCGCAUCAUCCUCGAUGUGAAUCUUGGCCGAUCGACCACAAUCCGCACCAAGCCCGCUACCUUGCAAUGGCCACGGGGUCUUCCGGUGUCAAUACUCAUGUGGGCCUAGAUCCCCCUGCUAAGCGGAGAAAGAUUCGCAAAGGGACAAGCAGUUGCUGGGAAUGCAAGCGCAGGAAGAUCCGCUGCACCUUCGCUGCGAAAUCAAAUGCAACUUGUAUCGGAUGUCAGCGACGAGGGUCCAAAUGCCUGAGUCAAGAGUUCCCCGACGAGGUCGGCGAGGAGGGGCAGCCCAUUGGCGACCGCAUUGGCCGUGUCGAAGCGCUAGUCAAUCAGCUUGUUAAGAAUACCCCCGUUCGCAGCAUUGCGUCGAGAUGCGGGAGCGAUGGGCCGACAGAAACGACCACACCGACGCCGACCAGGACGUUCUCACCCAGUUGUACUUCUGCUUCCACUUCUAUCACCAAUGCUGCAGGAAACUCACAGAUACCGGCUUCACUAGAACCCUCGGCAGACGGGCUCGACUGGGACUACUCGGAUGCGCCUCCAAUGUCACAUCAAUCGACUAGUGUCCCUGCUAGAUAUGUAAAGGUCUCUCAGGCAUUGCACGCCAGCUUACCGUCGCGUGAGGAUAUGGAAGUCCUCUGGAAGGUGCAUGCUCACGCGUCCAUUUCGUUUAGCAGAGUCAUGGUGGUUCCUUAUCCGGACUUGGAACGUGACGGUCUAAACUGUUCCAGCAUGAACAACGUACCUGGUCCUGAAUCCCAUCCGGUACAGCUAGCCACAUAUAUGUUCAUUGUUGCAACAGUCUUGCAAUACAUGGAUCUAGAGAAAUCGAAAGAGCAAGUUAAGGCCUUGUCAGAGCCGCCACGGGCGAUGAUGAAGCGGCUUGCCGAGACGGCUAUCCGCCUGGUGACAACCCAUGAGGAACUAUUAGACACGGUCGAAGGCUUGACAUGCGUUAUGCUAGAAGGUAUCUACCAGGCUAACUGUGGAAACCUGCGCCCGGCCUGGAUUGCCUUCCGGCGGGCGAUGGCCCUCGCCCAGCUGAUGGGGAUUCACCGUCCGGGAGGGUCCCCUUCGCUCCGGCUACUCGAUCCCAACUAUAAAUUCAAUGCGCGUUUCUUAUGGUACCGCAUUGUUUACACUGACCGAUUUCUCUGCCUCAUGCUGGGUCUGCCUCAAGGUUCACUGGAUCGCAGCAUGGCGGCCGACGCGGCCCUCGCCCACGACACUCCCCUCGGCCGACUCGAACGUACACAUUGUGCCAUUGCCUCACGCAUUCUGGAACGUAACGAUGCCGACCCGGCUUCCUACAACAUGUCUACCGUCCGAGAGAUUGAUCUGGAGCUCCAAGAUAUAGCCCAGACAAUGCCUAGCGGGUGGUGGCUGGCGCCAAACCUGGCCAGCACGAACGGCGACCCCACCAUCGAAUUCUGGGAAAUGCUUCGGCUUGUCACUCAGGUUUACCACUUCAACCUCUUGAACCAACUCCAUCUCCCCUUUAUGCUUCAAUUUGCCUCCACCACCCAAAUGCACAACUAUUGCGCAUCAACAUGCGUGAACGCAUCCCGCGAAAUCCUCUCCCGCUUCAUUGCCUUCCGCGCCUUCAACCGCGUGGCCUACUGCUGUCGCGCGGUGGACUUCUUCGCGUUAAUAGCCUCGCUCCUCCUACUUAUCGCCCACCUGCGGCAGCACGCACGACCCCCGGAGGAGCUGAACCUGCUCGCUCACCAGCGACAGGGCGACCGCGCGAUGGUGGAGCAGGCCGUUGCGAGCAUGGACCAGCUCGGCCGCGUGAGCCAAGAUCCGUUGAGCGCCAGGAGUGCCGACCUACUUCGUCGAUUGUUAGGCAUUGAAGCAGAGGCAGCCAGAGGACGCAUCUAUAGGACACAAAGUGUACGUAUCGAUGAUGAGCCGGCAGCAGGAAUCGGCCCGACUGGGAGCGUGCUCCGUAUUCGCAUUCCGUACUUUGGGACGGUGAAAAUUGCGCCCGAGGGUGGCGUCUCGAAAGAGAGUCCCGUUGUGGGAGAAACGGGAGAUCCGGCUGGUGGUCAUGGGCAAAAUAUGGCUGAUCACCCGGAUUCCCUGGCCGCCGCGCAGCCGAUAAGUACAACGCAAGAAAGCCAUAUCUCGACGGGCGGAGUCAGUCUCCCGGCGGAGUACUUGUACCCGGGUUUAACAGCGGGAGCAGAAGAUUGGGCCUUUCAGGGUGUGGACAUGGCGUUUUUUGAAAACUUGAUGCGGGGAACGAUGCAAUACACGGCAUUGAGGGAGUAGACGGAUCGGAUUUAUUCUGCGUGUAGCCGCCCUGGUUUAGAAAUACUUCGAUCUCCCGUAAGUCUACAUUUCAUAGCC